GUCUUGGGUGCUGAAUACCUUACAGCAUGAUCUCCACCUACUCUAUCCUGUUCACUUUAGUACUAUGCUCUGAACUGAACAGCCACCUUGUCACUGUAGCCAUGCCUUCAGCAAAAAUAGAGGACGAUACAACAGAUCAAGAAGGCUUCGACUCCAUAGUGGGUGAAGAGUCCAUGACUGAGCCCGCUGUGGUCCCACCGGUGUACAGACGGAGCUUCACCUUGGACAACAAUAUGAGGGAUGACGGUACCCCUAAAAUUGUCAUCUUAUUAUCAGACACAAGACUGAAAGCACAGCGUGCUCAUGGGCUGAACUCUGUCUUAACUCGGCGCCAUCCCCUUCUCACAGACCGAAGCUUGAGCCAUACUCUUGGCGAGCCCAAUUCCAAAAUAGAUAGAAGAAAUACUGACCUUGACAUGCUGCGAUGUAUGAUAGGAAGAGUAUACCGACCCUGUUGGGAAGCAUAAAUGUUUCCUGCUGCUGCUCCUGGUUCAUGAAUAUGAU